AUGUCGAGGAAACAGCUUACCGUGCUUCACAUCGGUGACGAUAUUGUGUACAAUCCGGAUUACUACAAACAAUUUGCAUUGAAAUUCAACGUUAUCCAGCCUCGUGCCCAAGAUCGGGAGAGGGCAAGUUUCAUCGCCGCGCUCAAAGAAGGAAGAUGGGGUGAUUUCCACGCUGUUUUCCGCCCCUUCUGGAACUCUGGAGGCGAAAUGGGAAAAUGGGAUCAAGAGCUGGUUCCGCAUCUGCCAAGUACAUGUCGAAUCUUUGCUUCGGCUGGCGCGGGCUACGACUGGGCGGAUAUCCCGACAUUGUCCAGACACGGUACGAGGCCGCGUGAUAUACUCCAAGGCGUUGAUCUCGAACUGACCUUGAAAAAUCCAGGCAUCACGUACUGCAAUGGUGCACGCGCAUCGUCAGAAGCCGUAGCAGACAUGGCCAUAUGGCAUAUUCUGUCCGUCUUCCGCAACCUCAUGUGGAGCGCCGAAGCCGCCAAAUCGGGCGACGUGGAGCAGUGGAAAUCCGCACACAAGCACCAACAGGACACGGCAUACAACCCCAGAGGUCGCUCGCUAGGCAUAAUCGGUCUGGGAAACAUUGGAUAUACCAUUGCACAAAAGGCAUGGCUGGGCUUUGGCAUGCGCAUCCUGUACCAUGACGUUGUGAGGAAGCCGGAAGAGCACGAGGGCGCGGUGAAGGCGACAUUCUAUGAGCAUCUGGGAGAUAUGCUUGCCGAAGCAGACUGCACAGUGCUGGCUACCCCGUUCCUGGGCGAGAAAGUCAUCACGGCCGAACGCCUGGCGCAGUUCAAGAAAGGCAGCCGCUUCGUCAACAUUGCGCGCGGCACUCUGGUCGAUGAAAAUGCUCUUGUCGACGCACUCAAGAGCGGACACGUCUUCGCCGCUGGGCUCGACGUGCAUGAAAACGAACCAUUUGUUCAUGCCGACUUCUGUAAGAUGCGCAAUGUGAGCUUGACAUGUCAUAAUGCGGGAGGUGCCUGGGACACGGCUGCUGGGUUUGAGAAACUCGCCAUGGAGAACAUUGAAGCGUUUUUCUUCAACGGCGGAGCGCUGACACCGGUCAAUGCUCAUCUGGUUGAUGCGCGUGUGGAGUAG